GCUUACAUCAAAUUUUCUGGAGCACCAGUGAAUAUUGUAAAAUCAAGUAACCCAUUUAAGUCACCUACUGGUCAGCUCCCAGUCUUUAAAUGCUCCGAGGGGACUUUCUCAGAGUUUUCUCAAGUUACCACAUUCCUUCGAAAACAGAAUUUCAGUUGUGAUUACGAGCUGUCACCCAAGCAAUGCUCAGAGGUAGUGGCAUAUGAACAUCUAUUAUUAGAAAAAUUAUACCCAGCACUUGUGUAUCUUUGGUGGGUUGAACCAAAGAGCUACUAUGAUGUUAUCCACAAGUGGUAUUUUGGCAGUAUUCCAUUUCCAUACAAAUUAUGGUAUCCCAGGAGGUAUCACAAGGGGUAUUGCGAUCUGAUCAGUAGCUUAUUUGAUGACCCUGAUGAUUCUCAGCUGAUUGAAACUGAGUUACAUAAGCAUGCUCAGGAGUGUUUAACAAUGCUAUCUAAUCGCCUCGGGGAUAGAGAAUAUUUCUUUGGCCGUUCACCAUCCACUAUUGAUGCCCUAAUCUUCUCCUAUCUUGCUUUACUGCUGAAGGUGGAUCUAAAAGUGCCAGUGCUGCAGAACCACAUCAAGGCUUGCCCCAAUCUUUCACGUUAUGUUUCGAAGGCUAUUCAACGAUUCUUCCCCACAGACUUUCGGGCUGAGGAGCAUGCCAGAAGAAAGAGCCAUCGGAGUACAGACAGCAGAGACUCCCCAGCAAAGGACGAUAUACCACACAAAGGACGAAACUUACUUCUCUCUGGUUUAGUGGCUUUGUCAGCAAUGUUUGGGUAUGCAAUAGCAGCAGGUCUAGUCCAGGUUGAUAUGGGUGAACCACCUGUUGAAGAAGAAUAUGAUUAUGAAUAUGAAGACUAUAAUGAUGCUGGAUCUAAUGGAAAUUAAACUGGAGAUACAGAGAACUACCAAUUCUAUAUGUUUAGUCAGAAGAACUUAGGCUUCAUCUCACUGUACAGCAAUCAAGUUUGAACUUUCUUAAACUGUUCUGUUAAACAAGCAUGAAUUUAUUUUCCCUAGAUUUAUUGUUGGUAUGAGAAGAUCUUCUAAUAAAUAUAAUAUGUUAUACAUAGUUACAGUAUUUGUAUUGAUGCAAAACGUAGUGAAAGUUCACAUUUGGUUUUAUUUUUAGUGGCUUUUCUCUAAUAACUUGAUUAAUGAAUAUACAUAAUUACAAAUAUAAAUCUAUUUGUAUCAUGCAGGUGAUAAAUCAUGUCAUUUUUAUAUAAACAUCCUAAGUCUGCCUUAUGCAAAAUGUUUCCAAAGUUGUGAUGGUUCUUAGUAUAUAAUUGUCAUAAUUGAGGUAAUCCUUUAAAAGUUGUCUUUGAUUACUUAUAAUUUAUUUAUAUUAGGGCAUCAGGCAGCUGUUCUUUCACAUAUUUUUCUCAUUUUCCAUUGUAUAUACUGUAAGUCUUGAAAUAAACCAUAGGCAUAUGAUUACAUUAUUAGGAAUGUACAUUAUAUGUAAAGAAGUGAUUGAAGCUGAGAUCUUAUGCAGCUCUUUUGCAAACACCCUUUUGUUCAUUAGUUUCUUUCAUAUGCUAUAAUUGUACUGUAUAUCCUCAACUGUGAUGGUAUCGAAGAAAGGAAAGUCACAUCACUGAGCUAAUUUAGAAUCAUGAUUUUGUUUUAUGUAAUAUGGUCAACAAGGAUGUGAUGAAUAUAUUGGCAGUUGAAAGACAUGCUUGUUUAAUAUAUUGAACAGUCUUGAGUACAUCCCAUCAUUCCAUUGUACAUUUUUUUCAUAGGUGUCUUACUAUGCACCUUUUUCUUAAGUAUUUUGCUCAAAUACUGUAAGGAAUUGGUUUUAUAAUUCAUUUCAAGAAAUAAAUGAUUAUAUGAACUGUUUCA